AUGAUGAAGCUGACUCUGUCUGCUGCUCUCGUCUGGACGAUCCUCAGCUCUGUUGAAGCUCUUCGGUGUCUGCAGACACUGAAUGGAGAAACCAAGACUAAAUCAUGUAGCUCUUCUGCUGAGCUGUGUGCAACAGUUGCCGUUUACAAUGGCAGUCCUCCACAAAAGUCCAUGGAAAGGUCCUGUGUGCCACCAUCACUCUGUGAAGCACAGAAUCAGAUCAUUUCAUCCACUUAUUACGGGAGGACGGUAGCUGCUGCUGUUCGCUGCUGCAACACAGAUGACUGCAACAAUGAAGAUAUCACCUAUCCUGAUGUUACACCAAACGGUUUGCAGUGUAUCAGAUGUGAUACUCCAACAUGCAACGAGAUGGAAAACUGUACAGGCGCACAGGACCACUGUUACAAUAAUACAUUUACCGUUGGAAACGUGCCCCAAACCGUCUUCGGCUGUGGAUCUGCUAACAUGUGUGAAUAUAACUCUGAAUGGGACGGCCAAAGUUGGUAUGGCUUUUUUUAUACUAGUACCCGUGGAACUAAUUGUCUGAAAGCUGUGCCACGUAGUUCAGCUCUGACUGCCAGACUGACUUGGUUUCUGUUCCUUCUUGCUCCAUUUACUCUUUCUGUCAAUUAAAACCAGGAGCAGCAAUACUUCAGUGUGAAUGUUGUAUGUUAAAGGUCGUGUUUAACCCAGUUUUUGUCAUUUUAAACCAUUUUUGUCACUUUAACCCAAUUUUUGCUACAUUCAGCGCAUUUUUGCUACAUCUCACCUCCUGCAUUUUUGCUACAUUUAACCCACUUUUGUCAUGUUUUACCCAUUUCUGUCAUGUUUAACCUUUUUUUUGUCAUGUUUAAUCCAUGUUUGUGUUAUCGUGGGAUGCCAGAUGAAUAUGUUUCAUACAUCCAUCUGGAAAACCUUUCAUAGAUGGUGUUUGGGAAAGGGCAGAGCCUUUGAAAAAAACUUAGAGGGUGCUUGGAUAAACGUUCUGUCACAUCUUUACA